AAACAAUAAACUAUCAUUAAAUAACACUUUCCUUUUCUUUGAUCUUCAUAGCGUGCAAAAAAAAAAAUGUCUCUGUUUACAAAUCUCUUCCCCGAGAACACAAUCAAUAUCACACCUUACUCAAUUCUUGUUCUCAUCGCCAUCUUCUCGAUUCUAUGGUACCUCUCGAAACGCUCGCCACGACCGCCUCUACCGCCUGGACCAAGAGGGCUACCUUUAGUCGGGAACCUACCGUUUCUUGACCCGGACCUUCACACCUACUUUGCAAACCUAGCUCAAAAACACGGUCCAAUCUUUAAACUCAAUCUUGGCUCGAAACUAACCGUCGUGGUCGAUUCUCCAUCGUUGGCUCGAGAGAUCUUGAAAGAUCAAGAUAUCAAUUUCUCAAACCGAGACGUCCCCAUCACUGGCCGAGCCGCUACAUAUGGCGGUAUUGAUAUCGUUUGGUCACCAUACGGCGCUGAAUGGAGACAGCUUAGAAAAGUAUGCGUUCUCAAACUCCUUAGCCGCAAGACUUUGGAUUCUUUCUACGAGCUCCGGCGCAAAGAAGUCAGGGAAAGAACGAGGUAUCUAUACGAGCAAGGUCAAGAAGGAUCACAUGUGAACGUAGGAGAUCAAUUGUUUUUGACGAUGAUGAAUCUGACGAUGAAUAUGUUAUGGGGAGGGUCGGUGGAAACAGAGAUGAUGGAGAGUAUUGGAACAGAGUUUAAAGGAGUUAUCUCUGAGAUAACUAGGCUUUUGGCUGAGCCUAAUGUUUCUGAUUUUUUCCCGUGGCUAGCGAGAUUCGAUCUUCAAGGGCUUGUGAAGAAGAUGCGUGUGUGUGCUGGAGAGCUCGAUGCGGUACUUGAUCGAGCCAUCGAGCAGAUGCAAAGGCUAAAAGGAAGAGAUGCUCAUGAUGGUGAAAGCAAAGACUUCUUGCAAUAUUUGAUGAAAUUAAAGGAGCAAGAAAGUGACUCCGAGGUUUCCAUUACGGCUAACCAUGUCAAAGCCGUACUCACGGAUAUGGUGGUUGGUGGCACAGACACAUCAACGAACACGAUAGAGUUUGCUAUGGCCGAGCUAAUGAGCAACCCGGAGCUGAUGAAAAGAGCACAACAGGAGCUAGACGAAGUUGUAGGCAAAGACAAGAUUGUUGAAGAAUCACAUAUCACUAGUCUUCCUUACAUAUCAGCCAUUAUGAAGGAAACACUUAGGCUCCACCCGACCCUUCCUUUGUUAGUCCCUCACCGUCCUGCUGAAUCCGCCGUGGUGGGUGGCUACACUAUCCCUAAAGACAGUAAGAUCUUUGUCAAUGUUUGGUCUAUUCAGAGAGAUCCAAACAUGUGGGAGAACCCAACAGAGUUUCGUCCAGAAAGAUUUUUUGAUAACAACACUUGUGAUUUUACCGGAACCAACUAUAGCUAUUUUCCGUUUGGAUCUGGCCGGAGAAUUUGCGCCGGUGUAGCACUCGGCGAGAGGAUGGUUUUGUACACUCUGGCGACAUUAUUACACUCUUUUGAUUGGAAGAUAGCCGAAGGAAAAGUGUUGGAUUUGCAAGAGCAAUUUGGUAUUGUCUUAAAACUCAAGACCGCUCUUGUUGCCUUGCCCAUUCCGAGAUUGUCCGAUUCCAAUCUUUAUCUAUAAAGUCGAAGAUUGUUGAUUUGUUACAUUUGGAAUGUAGCAGUUCUUAUACCAUACAAAAUAAAUUCUUACUUGUUAUUUGGGGUACAAAAAGUAUAAUGCAUUUGAAGAGGUUUGUAAUUGUCAUAUAUAUAUAGGUUUAACGAAAAGCAAA